AAGACGAUGAGGUAGCGAAAGGGUACUGAGUGCAGGGAUAUUGCGACCGUGAGAAUUAUGUGUGAUUCUAUGGAAUAGGAGAAUGGCUGUCGAAGCUGUCCACUGUAACCUGAGUCAGAAUGGGAUCGAUCAUCAGGUGUGCAAAGAGGAUGUGAUUUCAAACCUGGAGGAGGAGUCUAUCACCAAGGGCCCAGGACUGGCGAGCACCAGCCCGGGCUUCCUGGACCAGAGUACUGCAUUUCAAUGCCGGUCUCCACCCCAGCGCUCCGUCUCAGAGUCGGAGCUCUCCAGGCCGGGGACAGUGAAGCUGUCCAAACCAGUGGCCCUGUGGACCCAGCAGGAUGUGUGCAAAUGGCUGAAGAAGCACUGCCCUACCCAGCACCAAGUCUACAGUGACUCCUUCAAACAGCAUGACAUCACAGGCCGAGCUCUGAUGAGGCUAACAGACAGGAAGUUGGAGAGGAUGGGGAUCAUGCAGGAGAGUCAGAGACAGCACAUCCUCCAGCAGGUCUUGCAGCUGCGCGUCAGAGAGGAGGUUCGCACUCUGCAGCUUCUCACACAAGUCUCCCUGGAGAGUUCUCCAUAACCUGCGUGUUCCUGUAGACCCACCAGCCACCACAUGACUCUCCAACCGUCCUCUCAAAUGUCAGCAGCACACACCAGCUUGCCAGCCCAUGCCGAUUCAACUCCUCGAUCAACCCUUGGGUCCCACAACCCAUCAUGUCCCCCUCUACCCCCAAGAUCAGCCCACAAGGCCUCUCCAUUGUUCUACCUUUGCCCUUUGCCAAGGGGAAUCUCUAAAACUUGGAUCACCCAUCCCCUUUCUACUUAAGGACAAUGGGAGAUACUGACAAGCCUUGUAGCCCCCUCUCCUAGUCUCAUCAUGUGUAGCACUUUAACCUUCCUCUUCCUUCACAAUGGCCUGUAGGGAGCCCAUUAUCUAUGCUCUGCAGACUACUGUGAUAUUCUACCACACACCAGACCUCCUAAGCACUGCAGUAGGGCUACAGACCUCUUUUCUUUUUCUACUGGCGUGUCUUCUUCUUUUUAUCCCCUUUCCCUGUUUUAGUGACUUCCUUCUCACCUCUUGACACUAUAAAAGAAGACCUUGCAUAAAGGCUGCUUUUUGCACAUAUGUGUAUUACAAAGCCGUGCCACAUAUCCCAUGUCCUAUCCUGUCGGUGUGCUGUGUCAUGUCGUGUGACCUGUCCAUUCUGGACUUGCUUAGCAAGGUGUCUCUUCGCUGUGUUUCGGCGUGUCCCUGUGUUUGACUUUGUUCAACACCCCUCAACCUGCAGAACUCUCCACCAACCACUUCCCCAACCUGAAUUGCCCUGUGACCCAGGCCAGGUGUCUUAAAGUGAUGGACUCUGCUGCCGCCUGGUCCAUGGGGUGCCAUACCCAAACCGCUCUCAUUAUCAGUCACGGAGUAGACAUCUUAUUACACUUCCCUCCCCUGAACUGAAGACUCGUCAAUCAAGCCCUUUAGGGAUUAGAAUAGGAACAAGCAGCAGGGAGCUGAUCUCAGAACAGAUCUUCACUGAAGAGCAUCCAAUGCAAAGUUUUGGAAAAUGACCAGUAAUUCCCCUCUUGAGGGAAAGAUAGCUAGAAAAUAAUGGAUAAUGAAGUCACUCUGAAGAAUAGCCUCUCCCCCCCUAGCUGGUCAUGUGGCUGGGGGAGAAGCAAGAAGGAGAAAACCUAAUAUGAAACAGCGUUAUUAAAGCAUUAUUAUAAGUAUGCAAGGAGGACUGUCUGAGGAAAAAGGGGAUGUGAGAUGGAACCAUGAAAUUCUCAUUCAGUGUUUGCAGAUAUUUUCUGUGGUAUCACUAUGUAUGUGUAAUAUGGCCAUACACUGUUACCUCUAUUCCUAUGAAGCACAUGAACCUGCUAAAUCAAGUAGACUUAUCUUGGCAUUGUCACCGUUGUCUUAAGUCACAAGUCAUCAUAAAUCCAUGUGAUCCAGUAGAUAAAAGUCUUACCGCAGCCUUGCUGCUAAAGCUGGGAAGUGUAUCACUAGCUUUAUAGCAAAGCAGGCCAGUGAAAUUAGGAAUUGAUCUAAAAGAACAGUUCCAGUUUGUUUCACAAGUGAUAGUGUCAUGUGAAAUGAAAGGGUGUACGGAUGUCGAUUGGUCUCUGAAGAUGGCAAUCUGUAGCAGAUUGAAUGGUAUUGAUUAGACUGGAUCUAGUUUUAGCUAACCCCUGGUUUACAGGAAUAGUGCUACAACUGAGAAUCACAUGGGAAAGACAUGUUCCAAUUAAAUGACUAGCUAUUUUUCCAUGGCUGGAUAAAACCAUGCGUUGUGAUUAUUGACAUGGUGUCUGAAGUUAUAGUGGUGAGAGAAGCAUGUAAUUGAAUGCAGUCUUCUGGACUGUGUCUGGAGGUCCUGCUGCUGUCUAGGGCUGUUACCUGGAUGUUACAUGGCUCAUGCAGUACUAGUAGUGAUUGAAAUAAAGAUUAAGGGCAUACAUUCACAUUCCCUUAGAUACCUUUAAUUAAAGUUUGCCACUAAUGUAAGAUUAAUGAAAGUACUUGAAAACUAAAAAGAUAAAGAAAUUACAGUAGAUAUGUACUCUGUUUUUGGGUUACAGUGUGGACUAAUCUGUGCUAAGAGUUUUGCUUAAAGAACAGAGCUCAUGUGGUAUAUUGGCUGUAAAGAUAAAGUCAGUCAAGGACUGUUCUCAUUUACAGAUGACCAGAAAAUCGAAUCUGUUACUUGCAGCACUUUCAGCCAUUUUAUGGUGAAAAUUCUUACUGUUCCCAUAAUGGUUGAAAUGAGAGGGUUUUUACUGUAAUAUUCCUAUGAAAUAGAAACUAUUUGAAAAAGUAUAAUUUGAUGACUUCUGGAAAAUUUGACAGUUAAUGUUCCAUAAUAUUACAAAAUGUCAAAAUGGGAGAGUUGAUGAGCAAGGUAGCUUUAGCUGUGAAUUUAUGGAAAGGAAGAACAGACCAGGAACUUUCCACUUCACAUGCUCAUUACACAGUAACAGAGCAUUGAUCAACCCCACCCUUCAUAGAUGUUAAAGAGGAGAGCUACCUUGGACCAUGGACGUUUGGUUUGGUUGGAAAAUUAAGACAAGGGGAUAUGUGUUGGGAGCAAAUGAUAGCCGCUGAAUUAGCAUAAGCGAUAUACCUCUGAAUGCUGCUUAGGAUCAAAAGUAGAUUCACCAUAAUGAAUUAUAUUUAUUAUACCUCUCAUCAUAAGAGAACUGGUCUAGGAUCAGGUCCAUCCUCUCCAUAUAUUGUAUUUAUUUAAAAAUGUCUAGAAUAGCUGAUUCUACAUCAUUACUCCUUUUCAAAAAGCAUCUCUGCUAAGGUGUAAUCAUCUGGAAUUACAUUCUGCCUUUUCUGCUCCUAGCUACUAUAAGCUAAAGUAUUAGACUGCUCCAUAAUCAGCUCUUUUCUUCCUGUGAGAUGGUGUGGACAUGAUCCCAGUCCCUGCUGAGGAGCGUGGAAUGGGGUAUUGACAGCAGCAUCUGUACUAGCUCCUAACCUGUCUGGCAAUUUCACAAGUGUUGAAUUAGGUGCCACUGUGUUACAAUUACUCAUGUGGAUUUAAAUUUGGAGUAACUCCAGUCCUGGCGACUGGCUGGAGCACUGGCUCAUCUGUCUGCCAUCUAGAGGAGCAUCUCCAUCAGACAUUCUUCCUCGAGCCAGAAAGGCUUCUACUCACAACACGUUACAUGUGCACAAGUGCUAGACACACAUACACACCAAUAUUACAUCCACCUAUGUGCACACUCAUAACUAUGUACACAUAUCUUCUGUACUAUUUCCUAGAUAGGCAUUCUUAUGCUAUUCUAAUGCAUUUGUGCUCUCUCUCUCUCUCUCUCACUCACACACACACACACACACACACACACACGCACCAACACACACAACUCUAAUAUCACAACCAUGCAUAUGACUGCACACUCUCCAGUACAUGGUUGGAAAUAACUGUCUAAUUUCUGCCACAGUGGUAGCAUGGUAUGUUGCUCUAUUCUGCUGUUGUAUGUGAGACAGGCAUGCAGACCAAAUCUUCCAAACCCUGACUUUUUCUUCAUGUCCUUAUAGUGUGCCUAAUCAUGAAUAUCAAUUCAAAUAUUAAGAAAACUCUACUAAAUUACAAUAAAUAUAUGAAUAUAUCAGGACCACUGGCCUCUGUUUCUUGUUUUGUGCUUGGCUUGGG